AUGAUACCGCUUCGGAUGCUGUUAAUUACAAUCUUCAUUGUAGGAAUUGAGUGCGCUCCUUUUAAUAAAGAAAAUGUUGAUGAAAUUAGAAAAAAGUGUAAAUUAGAAACUGGUAUGGAUGGUGCAAUUUUAGAUAAGAUAUCGUUAAAACAAAAACUUCCCGAACCAACUGAAACUUACCUAAAAUACAUUGAGUGUUCUUAUAAAAAUCAAGGAUUUCUUAACGGAGAGGACCAUAUCGUUUUUGAAUCAAUUAAAGAAAUGUUGGAAACUUUUUAUCCUUCAACAGAUUUAGAUGCGAUCUUGGAGAGGUGCAAGGCGGAACAACAAGGUUUAAAUAUUCCAGCAGAAAGAGCUUAUAAAGCAGCUAGAUGUAUUAUCAAUGGUUUACAUAUUUAUGAAGAAAGUAUUUCUAAUAAUAUUUAA